UAUAUAUGAUAUAUAAUAAUAAGGAUAAUAAUAGGCUUUUUUCACCCUCCUUAAUAUAAGGAGGGAUACAGGUAACCUUAGAAAUAUUAACCCAUUUAUCUAGACAUUAAAACGAUAUAUAACAGCCUUUCAUCAGAGGAGGGCAAGAGAGGGUAUCAAGAAGGUUUAAGAGGUGUUAAUGAUAGGGAUAGAAGCGAACAAGGAGUAUGCUUCAAGGUGAUAGAGGUAUCAUUAUGAUUACCAACGAAUACCGACGUUUAUUUUAUCGAUCAUGUUUUUUUAAACCUUAGACUUAAACCUAAGGUAGGGAUUAAUAGAAAUGUGAUUUAUGAUUUCUUAUUAGAGGAAAAGGGUAAAGGAUAAGAAGAAGGGUGAAUGAUUAAUAAUUCGAAGGAAUGGUAAUAGCGGAGGCAGACAAGAGAGGAUAGUCUUAUAAUUCACAACAGUAUAAGAGAUGACACUAAUUUGAACAAGCAGCCCACUAGAGCAAUUUGAAGUUCAGAAUCUAAUAAGCCUUCAAAUUCCGAUAAUAGGGCUAAAUAUAUCUCUAACCAAUCUAGGUUUUUACACUCUAAUAACCCUUUUUAUACUCAUGACACUUCAUAUGAUAGGGUUUGCGAAGUCUCAGAUAAUGAUGAGUAAUAGGUUUAGUCUGUUUAUGGAGUCAAUGUAUGCAACCAUUAAUACGAUGGUCAGGGAGCAAAUAGGUUCUAGGAAUGAGAUUUAUCUACCUUUUAUCUAUGCACUUUUUACAUUCAUUCUAGCUAUAAAUCUAGUAGGGAAUAUUCCAUAUACAUUUACAGUAGCGACGAGUGCAGUAGUAUCACUAGGUAUAUCGGUAAUAAUUUGACUAGGUGUAACAGUGCUAAGUAUGGAUAGGCAUAGGCUUCAUUUUAUGAGUUAUUUUGUACCAGCAGGGACACCUCUCAUGCUAGUUCCAGUACUAGUGCUAAUUGAACUAAUUUCAUAUAUAGCUCGAGCGGUAUCCCUAGGUGUCCGUCUAUUUGCAAAUCUAGUUUCAGGUCACUGUCUAAUACUAAUUCUAGGAGGUUUCCUUUAUUCGGGACUAACUUCUGGAGCUGUAAUAUUUAUAGCAACACUUGUCCCGAUAACCCUAUUCCUGCUGAUUGUAGGGCUAGAGAUAGCCGUAUCAUUUAUCCAAGCCUACGUAUUUACAAUUCUAGUAUGUAUUUAUAUUAAGGACUCAAUUGAUCUUCACUAAGGAUAUAUCUAUCCUUUAUCUUCCUAAUCGAUGAGAUAUGUUGAUAUAUAUCCCCCUAAGUACCCACGUCUCUAUCUAUCUUAUUAAGAUAAGAAAAUAAGAUAAAAGAUAAUAAGAAGAUAGGAUCAUAUAAGAGAAUAAGAGAUAAGAAUAAAGAAAAUAAAGAAAAUAAGAAGGAAUAAAAGAAUAAGAGAAUAAGAAAAUAAAUAAGAGUAAAGAAUAAGAAAAUAAGAUAAGAAGAUAAGAGAAUAAGGGAUAAAAGAAUAAGAUAAGAAAAUAAUGGGUAAGAGAUAAAGAAAAUAAGAGAAUAAGAAAAUAAUAAUAGAAUUAUUAGAAUUAUAUAAUAAUAUAGGUAAAUGGAUAAAAAAGAAUCUUAAAGGAAGAAAUGUGUAAGGUAAUAGGAGGGUAAUUAAACAUUAAAGAUAGGAGGGUGUAGCUAUAAUCAUAUAAAUGAUAAAAUUCUUUAUCUCACAAUGGCUCGAUAGGGGGGGGGUAGUAUCAUAGCCGAUAAAUCGAGGGAUAGGAGUAUAGCGGAAGGAAGAGGAUUUGGUAAAGGUGAAGGUGUAGAUAUUAAUAGUAAAGCUAGGCAUGAAGUAAAUAAAAUGAAUAGGUAGGAUGCGUAUAGGACACCGGGGGGGGUAAGUGAGUAUAGGAGGAAUUUUGUAAGGGUGCGCUACAAUUUAGAAGUAACAAGGAUAUCUGUCCCCCCCCUUCCAUAAGGGCGGGCAGGAGUUUAGGGGGCUAAAGAUAGAUUCGAAAUAGUUGGAGGUAAAUAGUUCUUAACUAUUAAGCUACGUGUUUAAAUCAAACGCAGCAGCAGUUAUAAAAAUAACAGAGGGGGAGGGGAUGGAGUAAAGCAAGUGACACUGAUAUGUAGUCAGGGCAAAGAGAGUCAAUAAUGCUAAGUAAAGCCACAGGUAAAAGAAAAGAUAUCCAAGAGGGUAUACCGCACGAUAUAUGUAUAAAAGUAUAAGUAUGAGUAUAAGUAUAAAUAUAGGCAUUCAAUAAUGAGGGGGGUAAAAGUGUAGUAUAACAGAUAUAAAGACCGACAAGAUAUAGGGGCAGUAUAAGUAAAACUAAGAAAGGACGAGUUAAUAAACCUGUUACCUUAAUACAUUAAUGUUGUAUAAUUCUUUUUUAUUGUGAAGAGAGGGGAGGUUCUUGCACUAAAUAGCCCAAUAUAACUCCUUUAAAAAGGUGGACGGCCAUAAUACCGUUAGCGGAGGGGGAGGAAGAUAAGUGAGAGAGGGGGAUGAUUGAGGGGUUAAAGGUUAGAGGUAGGGGGUUAAAACAAAUAAUAUAAAGCAUCAGGAGUUUGUUUUAACCCAUAUAGAUAAGGAUAAUUGAAUCGUAGUUAUUUAGGAUAUCAUUGGAGUAUAAUAAGAUCAUAACUCUCCCCUCCUCCUCUCUUAUAAAUUAAGGCCUGAGUAAUAACAACACACGAGAGAAACACCUAAAGAAGAAAAAGGAAUAAGAGCCUAACACCUAAAAGGAUAAGUAAUAAAUAUAAAAUAGUUUAUUUAUAAAGAGGAGAUGGAUAG